GCUCCACGGAGAAUGCGGAGAUUACUCGAGUAACGGUACGCUACAAUAUUUAUGUGGGAGAAAUGAUCUUCGUGUGAUAAAACGACCGAAUAUGCGUCGUCGCGCGCAUCAAUAAACCGCACAUAAAACAACAACAACAACAACAACAACAACAACAACAACAAACGGCUGAACAGUGUUUUCAGCUCGACACGAAACCCAACAGCUCCAGCCAAGCAGAACCAUUGUCUGAAUAUACGUUUAGGAUGGCCUGGAUAGGCAAGAAGAAGUCGGUGAUAGCCACCAGUCUGAUCGCGGUGGUGUCGCUCUUUGUUGUGGUGGUCAACUACUCAGAGAAGCCAUACCUCCUCCUGGAACCAGUCUUCAGCAGCCACUGGAUGUUCUCCAGACAGACUCCCAAGGCCUUCAAACCUCAUCCGGGAUACAUCAGCAUCCCUAAUCAGGAGCCCCUGAAGCUGCACUGUGAGGUCUGCUCUGUGGUGUCCAGUUCCGGUCAGAUGUUGGGUCAGGAGGCGGGGCCGGAGAUCGACCGCUCCUCCUGUAUCUGGCGUAUGAACAACGCCCCGACGCGGGGGUUCGAACACGACGUGGGGCGCCGCACCACCCUCAGGGUCGUCUCUCACACCUCCGUCCCUCUACUACUACAGAGGCCUCAGUACUUCUUCGGCCAGGCCAACGACACGGUGUAUGUGGUGUGGGGUCCUCUGAGGAACAUGAGGAAGGAUGGGAAGGGCAUUGUGUACAACAUGCUGAGACAGGCUAUAGAGAACUACCCCCAGGCUAGGAUCUACCUCACCACAGAGGAACGCAUGAACUACUGUGACAUGGUGUUCAAGAAGGAGACCGGGAAGGACAGGAUCCAGUCUGGAUCGUACCUCAGUACCGGUUGGUUCACUCUGAUCCUGGCCAUGGACAUGUGUAAAGAGAUCCACGUCUACGGCAUGAUCAACGACACCUACUGCAGGUCAGAGGGGUACCGUAAGGUCCCGUACCACUACUAUGAAGCCGGUAGUCGUGAUGAGUGUGCAGAGUACCUCCUCCACGAGAGUGCUCCAUACGGCGGGCACCGUUUCAUCACAGAGAAGGCCGUCUUCUCCAAGUGGGCCAAAACACACGCCAUUAAGUUCUACAACCCGCCAUGGCAACCGUCGUGACCCGGAAGGGACCGCCGAGACAGCCGGGAGGUCUGGAGGAGGGCCAUUAUUGAUGACAUCACACGGCCAUGUCCACCUCAUCAUCCGGGGACAGGGAGAACGCAGGGCCACUACCAUCACCGUGACACCAGAACUGCGUCCCAAAUGGCACCCUAUUCCCUACAUAGUGCACUAUCGGGUCCUGGUCAAAAGUAGUGCACUAUGUAGGGAAUAGGGUCCAGGCAUGUCUCCCUCCCCUAACGUUGUCAAAAUGUAUAUGACACUAAAAUGUACAGUCAGAAUGCACACAUUGUUCUGCAAUCCCAGCCUUUCCUUAAUCCUUAAUCCCAAUCCCAGUCCGUCCAUUACUACUGAGGCUUUAGUCUGAGGGGUUGUAAAUCCCGUGCCACCGCUAGCCUGACUGCAGCACUGAUAGCAGACACCCACCCUGGGCUGAAAUGUAGAUGGUAGAGGGUAGUCCCUCUAAGUCCAUCCAUGUCCUCACUGAGCCAUGAACCAUGAACCAAGGCCUUCUGUUCACAAAAAAAACUAUCUGGCCACUGCAGGGCAGGCACAUCCAUCCAUCCCGUUGGAGAAACAACAUGAAGAAGAAACUAUUUUUCCACUUCAUUGAAUGUCUGUUGUCAUCUUCUGGAACUCUGUUGACCUCUUCUAGAACUCUGUUGUCAUCUUCUGGAACUCUGUUGACCUCUUCUAGAACUCUGUUGUCAUCUUCUGGAACUCUGUUGACCUCUUCUAGAACUCUGAGCUGGAUGAAAUGUGAUGUCAUAAAGGAGCUCCGGAUGCAGCGGGCUUUCUUGACCUCCAAUCAUCUGCUGCUUUUGAUGUUGUAAAAUCUGUUAGAAUGACAAAGGAUCUGAUUGACGGCUAGCUCAACUCAACAGAUAUGGAACCGACAAAGGAACUGUCCUUCAACUCUACAGUAGCUACACGCAGGCCACGUCCCAAAUGGCACCCUAUCCCCUACACAGUGCACUACUUUUAACGGGCCCUGUUCCUAUUUAGUGAAUAGGGUGCCAUUUGGUACUUAGCCAAGUUACUUUCGAUGUACUGAAGCCCUGUACAGUACAGUCUGUAUCUCACAAGUAUGAACUCAAACUCUCCAAGAUUUUUGCCUGUUAUCGAUUUUUAUGAUUUUUAUUUAAUCUUUAUUUAACCUUUAUUUAACUAGGCAAGUUAAAUAUCUCUGACCAGCUACACGACUUUAUUCUCUGUCCGUCUGGCUGUCCCCCCCCUGUCCGUCUGGCU